AUGGCGUCGUCGGCCGGUCGAACUUUACGAAGCGCUUCUCGCUUAAUUUUACAGGUAAAUUCGCCAUGAUGAUUCUUUGUAUGACGUUUAAAUACUGAAAGGUUGUUUCUUUUUAAGGCUGCAAGCUCACAGAGUGGACGGAUUGCGUCACAAGGUAUUUGUUCCGAUAGUAAAUCGGAGAAAAUAUUGAGCACUGCACGUGUGUCAAUCCAUCAUACUAGAAACUUUCUCAUGUUUAAUCAGCCUUGCGAUAUUUUAUUUUUAAGCCGGAAGCCCAAAACUACAGACAGUUCGGGCUCUUCAUCAAGCUGCAGGAAUAAGUUUGUGAGUUCAAGUUGUCAAUAGAUAUUCCAGAAAUUCUUUUGCAUCGCUUUAUAAACACUGUACAGCCAAUUAGCCAAGAUUAUAUAAUUUACUUAUCUGGUUCCUGUUCUCUUCUCUUCGGUACAAUGCCCCUAUCUUCACUCUCUGCUCCUGCCUUCCCAAGGAUACAGAGAGAAAACAUUUCCAUUCUAUGGGAUGUAUACAUGCAUGACCCAACAUUGUCCGUUGUGUACAGAGAGUGCUUCGAUCCACAGGAGCAAUUAGUUGCAUAACAGUGAAGCGUGCUAUUAUUACACUUGAGUAAAAAUUAGUACAAGCAUACUUGUUGACUGAUGAAGAAGAACUACAAAUGAAGACCUUGUCCUGUAAUUCUAGUGCCAGUUCCCUUGCUCCUCGAAAAGUUGUCAACCUAGCCCCAUUAUGAACCCAUACCCCUCUUAUUUUGGGUCAACAAUACUGUAUUAGGCGAACAUUGGUAAGAUUCCCUGGGAUAUUUAAUCAAACAGCUCUCAUGGUACACAGUAGCCUGCUGUAGUGUUGUCAUUCAGACAUAGAGAGACUAUUCCUUCUUCAUUGCCAAAGGCUAACUGAACUUUAUUGAUAAACACGUUACACGUAUACAAGUAUAAGAGUUUACUGACUUAUAGUAAUUUUACAGCAUGCAGGUAUUUCCAGUACAGUAGGAUUACUGCGAGUAGUACAUUUACUGAAUUAAGUACAAAGUGCUCACCUUAGAACCCAUACUAAGGUUGUUGUCAAUAAUUAAGAUAGGUACAUGUAUAAUCAAUACACUAUCCCUGUAGAGCAGGCAUAAUUUUGGCGAGCAAGUGUGCAGUGUUUUCUUUGUGGUAAUUAUGGCUGUCAUCUUUGAUUUUAUUGGCAGUAGAAAGCUGGGUAGAGAAAGAAAUUUGUACCAAGGGGGUGAGCAAUGGUCAAAAAUAAGGAGAGGGGUGGGGGUGAUCACUCACAAGCUUCUCAACAUUGACUCGCCCUAAUAAGAUGGUAUGUUUAAUUUCUUAUGUAAAAUGCAUUCUUUUCAGAGCAAGACAAGCCCAGAGGACUUUUUCUGUUAGUAUAUCAAGGACAGCUUCUGCUUGUGCUAUGAUGAGUAUAGGUCAGUCCAGAUGGUAAUUUAGUUGUUGUAAGCUUUUGUUAUAUUCAGGAUCUUAGUUAUCAAUUCAACAAAUUGUAUACCCUUUCCAGGGAUGAAAGAAUCUCAAGUGAAUGCAAUUCUGGAUUACCCAAGUCAUGUAAACAAUAAUUGUUCUGUUGCUAUUUCCUAAGUGAUUUAUUGAAAAACAAAUGAUGAUUUUGGAAAUAUUUUGUUAACAGCUUCACCAGUGUCUACCAGUGGAUCACUGUUAUGUACUGGAAGCAGCUCAGAUAUGAUGGAAGUAUCUGCUAGUGAAGAUGAGGGACUAGUGAUCGAGGCGCCGGAGAAACUCGAUGAUUUAUAGCAUUGGUUUUCCUUACAUACAAUAACUGUUGUAUGUAAUUCUGUUAUUUAGUUACAAAUGCAGUUUUAUUGCUGUCCCUCAAGACUUCUUCUGAUUUGACAUUUUGCCAGGAUUUCUUAAAUACAAACUAUUAUACAUUUUUUGAACCAGAGUUGUGCAGGUGGUUUCAGGAACUCCUGAAGUGGGAUUUUUUUGAAAAUUGUAUAAUAAGAGGUUGUGUGGAAAAAUCCUCUCAGAAAAUAGUGAUUGGUGUUACUUAACCUUUUUACUCCCAGAAGUGAUUAACAAGUAAUUUCUCCCUACAAUAUCCAUGCACUAUCCAGCAAACAGGUAAUGAGAAUACUCAAACUGAUCAGGCAGUUGUUAUCUUGAUCUAAAACCAAAUUCUCAUAGCUUAUUUACAAGGAAAUGUGAAGCAGCUAGAGGGGAGAAUUAACAGUCAGAUCCUGGGAGUUGAAGGGUUAAGUGAAGGUUUCAUUACAGCAGCUGUAGUGUAAUUUUUGUCUGGGCCAUAUGAAUUGAAAUGUUGAUCAUUUUUAUUAUUCAAUGUAAACAUCUCUUCAGGAGCAGUAUUAUUGAACAGGAAGUUCAUUUAGGAGCAUUCAUGUAAACAGUAUUGUAACUGAAAUUUUGUGGAGGAGGUAAUCACACUUUGCAAUCAAAGUGUCAGCCAUUGUCAAUGACUUCUUGCAGAUGGAUUUUUUAUGUUUAACGCUUGGCAUCAUGUUAAAACACUUUUUUUAACUUUAAAAUUUGUUGUUAAUGGUAGUUUUCUUUUGCAUGUCAUUCUACUUUUUUUCCUGAAUUUUUUUCUGUGUUUUUGGUUUCAUAGGGGAUUAUAAGGUUAGGAACCCUUGUGAAAAUGAUUGUUAAAUUCUUAAAUCCUAAUUACAAGUCUUUGCAAUGUUUUAUUAUGGAUAGAAAUUCUCCAAGUCUGUUCCUAGUAUGGUGUUUAAAUUAUUGUAUAAUUUAACUAGACAAGUAAUUGUUAUUUAUUGUAAGUUCUCACUGCCUUUGAUACUAGUAUAUGCUAGCCUAUGAUUUUCCUAAACGCUUGCUUGCUCACUGUGUAUUUCAUGUUUCCAUCUCAUUAAAAACAGUAAUGAAAGGUAGUUGUCUUGAAGUUAUUAUCAGAUACUGCUCCAGCUUGUGGAAGUUGUAUUUUUCUAGUUAUUUCAUAA